AUGUUACAUUCAGUGAUUUUAGGAUUCAUUACUUGCUUGCUGCAGGUGAGUUUGGCUCAGAAUUCAGGAUCGUCUUCUGCCAAAAGCAGUGCUACGAAUAGUGCAAAAUCUGGGACACAGGGAAGCACACCUGCUAUUGUAACUUCUAGUCCUUCUUCUGGCAACCGGGUACCUGCUAUUGAAAUUGUCGGAAAUAAGUUUUUUUACUCUAACAACGGAUCUGAAUUUUUUAUUAAAGGUGUGGCAUACCAAGCUGAAACAAGAGACACAUCAGCAGGCACUACUAUUAAUGAUCCUUUGGCGGACUAUACCGUAUGUUCAAGAGACUUGCCAUAUUUGUUGUGGUUAAACACCAACACUGUUAGAGUUUAUGCGGUUAAUACUUCAUUAGAACACUCUGAGUGUAUGAAGUUGUUUGAAAGCAACGGUAUAUAUGUUAUUGCUGAUUUGUCUGAACCAGGCGUCUCUGUUAACAGAGAUAGUCCCUCUUGGACAUUAGAAUUAUACGAACGGUAUACCUCUGUCGUUGACGCGCUAGCCAACUACACCAAUGUGUUAGGUUUUUUCGCUGGUAAUGAAGUCACUAAUAAUGCAUCCAAUACAGAUGCCUCUCCAUUUGUUAAAGCAGCACUCAGGGAUACGAAGAGCUACAUAAAGUCCAAGGGAUAUCGUAACAUUCCAGUUGGAUACUCUUCAAAUGAUGAUGGGGAUACCAGAAUAGCUAUUGCCAAUUAUUUCGCUUGUGGUAGUGAUGAGGAAAAAGCCGAUUUCUACGGAAUUAACAUGUAUGAAUGGUGUGGUGAUUCUACUUUUAAGACUUCUGGUUAUGCAGACAGAACAGAGGAGUUUUCUAGUUUGGGUAUGCCAAUCUUUUUCUCUGAAUAUGGUUGCAAUGAAGUUACACCAAGAAAGUUCACUGAGGUGGAGGCCUUGUACGGCGAUGACAUGACUGACGUCUGGUCAGGAGGUAUCGUCUAUAUGUACUUUGAGGAAGCAAACAACUAUGGGUUAGUCUCUAUUGACAGCAAUGACAAAGUUUCUACCUUGGCUGACUACGAUAAUUUGAGAACCCAAUUAGCCUCUGUAUCUCCUUCCCUUGCUAACACUGCUUCUUACAAGGCAACGAAAACGUCGGUGUCCUGCCCUCAAACUGAUGAAUAUUGGAAGGCAGCUACUGGUUUACCUCCUACUCCUGACGAGAGUGUUUGUAAAUGUGUGAAGUCAGCGCUUAAAUGUGUUGUUUCCAGUAAGGUUGAUGAGGAAGAUUAUUCCGAACUAUUCAGCUACUUAUGUACAAAGAUUGAUUGUGGGGAUAUCUCAGUAAAUGGUACCAGUGGUGAAUACGGAUCUUUCUCAUUCUGUGACAGCGAAACUAAAUUAUCUUACUUGCUAGACAAGUACUACAAACAAAAUGGUAGCUCCGCUUCUGCCUGUGAUUUCAGUGGAUCUGCUUCGCUAACAUCUGCUACAAGUGUUGGAAGUUGUUCAUCUGUCCUCGCUGCUGCAACCACCGGCGGAGGGAAAGGUUCUGGUUCCUCCUCUUCUGGAGGUAAGAGCUCUGAUAGUGCUGGUGGAUCCUCUUCCCGUGCAGCAGCUGCAGCGGUGAUGAUCCCUCCAACAUACUCUUCAAUAUCCCUAGUAUCAACUUUCGUAACGUUUAUAUUUUUCGGGUUAGGCAUGUUUGUUUUGUAA